AUCAGAAACAAGAUGGCCAACGAAAAAGACCAAUGCCCGAUCGACAAAACCAAUAUCCAGGGCAGUAUCUGGCCUCGUCUGCCAAAGUAUUAUGAAUCCUACCUCUUCUACAAGAUCACAAAGCCGGCGGAGUUCCUAAAGCACCUCAAACCCUUCAUUGACUCCAUUACCACCGGUAAACAAUGCGAGGAUCUUCUGGGCGAGAUCAAGAAGCUCAAGGAUGAGAAGAUCGAGAAGCUCGAGAAGCUCGAGAUGUUCGAGCAGUUCAUGGGGGUCGAUAAAAAUCAUAUCAAGAAGCUCAAGAAGACCAGGGACAUGAGGGAUCUCCUCGACGAACUCAUUGCCUUCGGGGCUGUUAACAUCGCCUUCAGUCAGAAGGGUAUGGAGAAGCUGAACCAAGAACAUCUCAACGAUGACAUGUUCCGAAAGGGCAUGUACACUGAUCUCAUUCUCGAGGGUGCCGAUGACCCGGAACGCUUGCUCCCUGAGUUCAAGCCCCCGCCUGAACACAAAGAGACAGAUGGCGAUGACUGGAGAGUUGACCUGGUCUUCAUUGUCGCCGCUGAGAGCGAAAAAUCACUUAAUAUGAAGAUCGCUGAUCUGGAGACUGCUUUCCACAUCAGAGACCAGAACAACACCGGCCUUGAAUUGGUCGUGGCUAAGCACGGACAGCGUCGGCCUGGUGGCGACCGUGGCAAGGAGCACUUCGGUUUUGAGGAUCACAUCUCCCAGCCUCAAAUCAAGGGCUUGGACCCUGAUCCCAAGGAGGGUGAGCCUCUUGCGUGUCCUCCAGGAUACAUUUUUAUUGGCCACGAGGGUGACCCGAAGAUCAGUAAAAACCCAGAUUGGUCCAAGGAUGGCAGUUAUCUAGUUUUCCGCCAACUUGACCAGAAGGUUCCUGAAUUCGAAAAUUUUGUCGCAGAGAAAUCCAGGACUAUACCUAACUAUGAUAAAGGGGACGAUGGUAAAAAGCUAGCUGCUCACAUGAUGGGUCGAUGGAAGAGCGGAGCCCCUGUCGCUCUGACCCCCGAUACCGACAACGAGGCCCUUGCAUUCAGAAACGACUUCGACUACCGACCCAAACAAAGCAUGUUGGGCUGCCCCUUUGCCGCCCACACUCGCAAGGUGCGCCCUAGGGCCGACCACAAGCCCGACAUUGGAACGGAGCAGGACCCCGUCGCUGGAAAGUUCACAGAGCCAGUGAAUGGAAAGGUGGAAGCCGUCGGCGUAGAGUAUGACAGCGACGAUGAGCCUGAUCAAAAACCAGCCGAGGAAGACGCCAGCGUCAUCCUCCGUCGUGGUAUCACCUUCGGUCCUGAAGUUGGCGAAGACGAGAAGAAGGGUACCAUCAGAGACCGCGGUAUUUACUUCACUUGCUACCAGAGUGACAUCCGUGAUGGAUUCAACAUUAUCAUGAUUCGCUGGGCAAGCAACAGCGUCUUCCCCACCUCGAAGGAAAAGACCUAUCCCGAUGAAUUCGAUUUGAAUAGCAAGACACUGGAAGAAAAGGAAGAAAAUGGAGAACAAAUGGGACCCGGCAUGGAUCCUUUUAUUAACCAGAGACUGGGAAAGAAACACAAAACUGGUCAUAUCAGCCUGUACGGUGGGAAAAAAACCGAAGAGGAGGAGGAACCCAAAAAAACCACUCCGCUCGAUCUUGGUGUGAGUCGCUGGGUUGACCAGAGAGGUGGUGAAUACUUCUUCACACCAUCUAUCGAGGCGUUACACCAUUUCACUGCAAAUUUUUAGAUGCUUUUUUAUGUUAUGUUUGGUUUCUAUUGAUAGUAUACGGUGUGGAUACGACACGACUAUUUUGACUAUGCGAAAUCAUCACGACCC